CUGUUCCCGUCGUCGCCGUCGCAUCGGGUCGCAAGUGCCGCGGCGUCUCGUGCUCCUCUCAACAGUUGUGCGUUAUUUAUUUCCAUUUGUUUGUCUCGCGUUCACUACCUACUCAAGCUUUUACGUCGUUAUUGUUACCGUUCCAUUUUUUCGUCGUGAGGCGUGGUCGCGAAGCCGUGUCACGAAAGCAGUUAACCCAAGCGACACGGUAACGGUAUUAACGGCCGGCCAGAUUCUCGUCGCCGAACAUCCGCCCUGGUGGUGCACUGCCGGCCGGCCAUGUCUGCGUCGAGCGUGACAGGCAGCUUCGAUCAUAUCGUCGACUCUGACAGCAUGAUGCUGUUCGACUGGAACGAUAUCAAGGAUGAAAUCAAGCCCAAAUACUUGGUGGACAUCGACGACAACGAGUUGUUUCCAAAAUAUGAUGAAAAUGUAUUUGAAAAUAUACUUGAUGAAGAGGUUAUUGAACACAAAGAUAUUAAAGUUGAAGAAUUUAUCAUUUUUAAUGAAAUUCCAACUACUCCGAAUGUUGUUGAACAAAUUGAAUUUAAAUGCACUGUUUGUUCAAAAAAAUUUGGUCAUUCUGUGGAUUUGAAUCGACAUAAAAGAAUUCAUACAGGGGAAAAGCCAUUUAAAUGUGAAAAUUGUCAUAAAGCUUUUACUCAAUCAUCACAUUUAAUUGCUCAUCGUAGAAUACACACCGGUGAUAAACCAUAUAAAUGUGACUUAUGUGAUAGAGCUUUUGUAAAUUCUUCUCAAUUAACAACACAUAAGAGAAUGCAUUCAGGAGACAAACCUUAUAAAUGUCCAUCAUGUGAUAAAGCAUUUGCUAGUUCUUCAAAUUUAUGUGCACAUAAACGGACUCAUAUAGGUAAUAAACCGUUUAAAUGCCCAGAUUGUUUUAAAACAUUCUCAGAAAUGUCUCAUUUAAAUCGACACAAAAUUAUACACACAGGGGAAAAGCCAUUUAAAUGUGAUUUGUGUGAUAAACCUUUCGCUCGGUCAUCAGAUUUAUUAAGACAUAAGAAAGCGCAUGCUGGUAUCACACCAUAUAGUUGUGAUUUUUGUAACAAAGCUUUUGCUAGUAGAUCAGAUAUGAUGAGACAUCAAAGAAGGCAUACCGGUGAAAAAAUAUAUAACUGUAAGAUUUGUUUAAAACAUUUUGCUGAUUAUUCUACAAUGGUUAACCACCAUAGAACACACACCGGAGAAAAACCAUUUGUGUGUAAGUUUUGUGAGAGAUCUUUUGCCUAUUCCUCAAGUUUGAUUGCACAUAAAAGAAGUCAUACUGGAGAUAAACCAUUUAAAUGUGUAGUUUGUCAGAAAUCAUAUGCAAAUUCUUCAAAUUUAGUUGCUCAUCUAUCUGUUCAUACUGGAGAACAACUCUUCAACUGUAAUGUUUGCCAAAAGUCAUUUGCUAAUUGGUCUAAUUUAUCUAAACAUAAAAAAAUCCAUGAAAAACGAAUACCAUAUGUGUGUGACUUUUGUGACAAGAAAUUUGAUGAUGUACUUGAAAUGGUCAAACAUAAGUCGACCCAUUGGAAUAAUAUAGCUGAAGUUUAUUCUAUUAGUUCUUUUGGUUCUUUUGAUAAUAAUACUAUUUAUACAUAAUAUGUUAAACAAUUUAAAGGAACUGUGCAUCUAAGAAAUAUUAAAGUAUAUUUUAUCCUUAGAAGUCAUUGAUUUAAGGUGAAUUAUUGUUCUGUUAUCAAAACAUCACUUAGUUAAUAAAAAUUCUUUCAUUACAUUUUUAUUAAAUCAAUAUUUAAACAGGAGUAUAUUUUUUAGUGUUUAUUUUUUAAAUUUGAUUGAUGAAUCAAGUAUGAACCACUUUAUUAUGUUUUUUUAUUUUUUAUAUAAUUCCGCAGAUCUCAAAACCAUUUGAUAUUAGAUUGUUUGGUUUGGUAGUACUGUAGUUUUAUAUUGGUUU